ACUGCACACACCACGCAUAGCAGUUAUUAUCCCAACAGUCACUCCGUGUUUGCGGUUCAACCUUCAGAAGUUUAAGAGGGGAUUCUCUGGACUACCAAAAAAGAUGUAUUUCUUCCACUUUCGUUGCGACAACGGAUAUUGCGUGAGGGGAUCUGGAUUCGGCUUUAACCGCAAGGUAUGUAUCAGUGACCCGCUCGUAGUACAGUUCGACUUGGCCUCCCACCUUCGAAGACGAACAUCGGCAACUCGAAGCAUGACAAAAUCAACGUGAGCUAAUACAAAAGUCACUCUAUUUUCCAGAAGACACUAGUGUCUCCAUCCCCAGAAAGUACAAAGUUGUAGAAGAGGCCCUCCGGGGGACCCUUUGCUGCAGCUCCACACACGCCGGGGUCUCCAUGGCUUGUCGCUCGCACCUCGUCUUGGAGGCCCGAGCGCGUCACCCCCAACGGAUCAGACCUUCCAAAAGUCCCAGUCUUCCACAGUGUGGUCGAAGUACGAACUGUUUUACUCUUGAAGUUUGUGAUUCUUGAUUGUUCGCAGUCUACGAAGACUUAAGUCUGUGACUUGAUACGUUGUAACAACAUGAUGCAAGGCUCUCGCAUGCAGUGCCUGGGUUCCCAGAGCGCGGCUACGAUAUCACAGAUGUCUCCACGGAAAUGGCCACGCACUUUCCGGAUGGGACUGACUCUUAUGGUACUCUUUGCAGCCACGUCAACGCAAUAUGGCUAUUCCCCAUCUUCCACCAUUGGUGGAGCCCUGCCUUCCGCAGGAACCGCGGUUUCAGAUUGUGUCGCAGACACAAACAAGGGUACAACCACCUGCAAGUGCCUCAAAGAAGAUACCGCACCAAAACCCCUUUCGGCAACCAUGUCGGAAGACUUGAAUGUGCUGCAGGUGACCUGCGAAAAGGACCUAAAAUGCGCGCCCGACGACGCGAGCGGCCAGAAAGUAUGCCCGGAAAACACUACGAGUCUCGAUCAGUGCUGUACAACAUCCGCCGGAAGUGAUGCUUGCAUCAAUGUCAGCGAUAUUUUCGCCGGCUCCCAAAACGGCUUACAAUGGGAUAAAGACACAACCACCACACCCACUUCUACUACCAGGAAGCUGACAGUGCCCAAGGAGAGUUUCCCGUAUACUGACCGAAAGUUCGUUGUCGGUUGCUUAAAAAACACAAGGAACCCCGACCAGUGCAAAGUGACCGUAACAGUCACAGCGAGAGCAACUGCAAAGAAAGACCAGACGGUCACUUGCGCCUACGGAGCGAGCAGCAACGCAGAAGCUCAGACCAUCACUUUGAGUCCUUCUCAGAACAGUUUCACUCUGGUUUGCGGGACUGAAGGACAAAUUCUCCCAAGCACGUACACGAAGAACUUCUGCGUUAGCACAGACAAGGAUAUCACCACUGCAUGCGAACUGAAGGCGUACACUUCCAUCAUCGAAACCUAUCAUGAAACAUGGUGGAAGGAAACCGACGCAACAAAAGCGUACACACUCCAGAUUCCGCCGACGGAUUUCCCAGAGGAGGCAGCAAGUAUUGUGGUUGGGUGCCAAAAGAAAGCUGCUCAGUCUUCUAACGAGAGGGAUAACUCUAGCGAAACGCAUUCAUUGUCUGCUUGUCAAGUUAAAGUGACGAUUGAGGGUUCCCCAAAUAGUUCUGGGGCUGCAGCAAUGUCCGGCACAAAGGUGUCGCUGACUUUGACAGCCGUCGCCAUCAUUUCUGCGUUCGCACAUGCUAUGUGAAUGGACGACCUUUGCACGACUGCCUCUUGCGCUGUCUAAAUUUUAAGUGGCAUAUGCCUCAUUCUGCACCACUGCACUAGCAGUUCUGCCCUCGCGUGACAGUGUUUGGUUCCGAGGGUCAAACACAUCAUACCAGGGUCCCAAGUCUUGGUACCAUGAUUCGCGCCCUUCCACUCCCAAAUUACAAGCAGCAACAGCGAGGUCACUCUUCUCAUGUUUUUUGUCCGCUAAAGAAUUUACGGUGGCUCCCAUUGAUUGCUUCGAUUCCAGAUCUUCUCGGUCAGCAGGGAGUAGCCCUGCGCGUGGACAAAACAAACCAUUUGUGAUUUGUCUCAGUUUUUCCCAUUUGAUAAGCGUCUAACGAGAUCCUCAUGCAGCCAUGCAGGGCGUCUCAUGGUACUGGCUCGACGCUCGCCGAAAAGGAAAGCCUUUACCAUGUAAAAAACAUAUCCUGCUCUACGCUGAGGACUACGACGAUGAAUAGCUGGGGAACUCGUCUUUUUUGACAUGCGAGAAGCACGCCGAAAGAACGCUGCGGCUCGCCUUCUACGGUAGCCUGAACAACUACAACCUGUGAUGUCAGCGUGACGGGGAAGAGUCUAAAGCACAAAAACCCUUUUCAGAACGGUUUUCC